CUCCUUAAAGAAAUACUUAAAUUAAUUAAUUACUUAAAUGCUCAAAUUGCCAGUCCCGUUUGGAUUGGCAGCUGGUCUUGGUGUUGACGUAUGAAGCUGGUUGCGUUCUCAAUCCGCCAUUUCACUCUGAGACCCUGGAGGGGAAACACCGAAAAACUUUCACUCGACGAUUUCUGGAAAAGGCAAGAAGACAACAACGAUUAAAGGAGCCACGCGCACGACAGUUGACCUCUGUCACCUUUUUAUCUUGGAAAAUAUGGGUGUUGUGCCACCUCAGCUCCACGACCAUAACCACUGGAGAGAGCCCAGCACGACACCUACAGGGUCUUCAUGUGCGCCCGGCUGACGAUUUCUCGUUCCGCACCUCGGUCCGUGCGAUCAGUCCGGUCUGAUCAGUGAAUUUGACGUGUGGCUGGCGUUCAGAGACCGGCUGCUGAGAGCAGGAAGAGGAAGAGAAAGCAGGAGAGCAGCUCCGGAGCCCUCCAGGAGCCUGCAGAGAGAAGACUCCGUCAGACUGCUGCUGCUGCCCCGUCAGACCGGAGCCUCAGCCCCACAGGCCAGACUGGAAGAUGUCCAGCUGGAGGCUCUUUCAGACUGCUGCUGCCCCGUCAGACCGGAGCCCUGUGGAUGACGAUGAUGUUCAUGGCCUGGUUAAAUGACUGUCCGUACAGCCUGGAGAUGUAAUCAGUGAGAUGCAGAGCUCCAUGGCUGGACCAGCCAGUAGUUGAAACAGUAACACACACACACACACACACACACACACAAUUUUUAUUAGUUGAUAAGUUUCCUUUUAGUUGGUUGAUAACUUUUAUUUCCUCUUUUUUCUCAGUCGGUAAACCUUUUUUAUUAUGUAGAUAAGAAGUUGACAAGAAGUUUCCUUGUUAAAAAGAAAAAAAAUAUCUUCUAAUUGGUAGAUAACUCCUUUAACCCUUUUUUUUCUUUUCAGUUUUUUAAAAAUAUUUUUUAAUUCUGUAUGCCUCCUUGUUCUCUUAACUCCUUCAUUUCUUCUUGGAAAAGUUUUAAGUCAUUUCUUUUUAAUUUGCAGGUAAGUUUUAACUCUUUGCUUUCUUAUUAGUUGGUUAAGUUUCCUUCUUAAAAAAAAAAAAAAAAAGAAUUAGUUGGUAGAUAAUUCUUUCAUUUCCCAUUAGUUUGUAGAUACAUUUGAACUCGUCUCAGUUUGUAGAUAAGUUUGAUAAUGACAGACUACAACUGAAUUUCCCAAUUUUUGCACUAAAUUGAUAUUUUUAAUGAAGUGUGUUUCAUUGAAUCCUGCCACUAGAGGUCAGGAGUGCACAGUUUCAAAGUGCUCUGAUGAUGUUAGUUUACUGUAUGAAUCUCACAGCCUCUACUUAAGCAACCAAACUUUCAUAUCUCCUGAGGCUGAAACCAGUGGAUCUCACUUUCAGUGUAGUCCCUGAAAAUUAUGUCAUGGGUUCACAAGUGUAGAACACAUAAAUAAAUAAAUAAAUGUAACAUUUGAGAAUAAAACAGUUGUUAAGUCUUAACAUUGUAAUAUAAGUAGGAAACAUAAAUGUUGAGGGAACAUUGUCAAAGGGUUUGGGUUAGGGAGGGUUAGACCCUCCUAAAUGGAGGAAGUCAGACAUCAUCAGUUUUAUUAUUUACACCUGUACUUUUUCUUCUGUUACAUGUCAAAGUGUAUUUUGUAAUACAGGCCUAAUGAAUGAGACUUGGAUGUGCUAAGCCCCACCCCCCCAAAGGCCACUAUUCAUUUUGCUUUUCUGAUAUUCAAUAUAAUAUUCUAUAUGUUUGUUUGUCGUGUUGAAUUUUAUCAUUUCAUACAUGAUGACUAAAAGUGAGGCUGAUAUUAGAAGUACACAUAGCAGCAUACGCACAGCAAAAACUGUUCGGGUGUGUUUCUUUAUUGAUCUGCUGUAAAGCAACAGCUCCCAUUGUCCGACGGAUUGAUUUAGCCUCUGUAUUAUUUGCAGCCGGAUAUAAGUGAUUAAGAGAGGCACACCUUAAAAAAAAAAACCAGAGUAGAAAUAACAAAUCCUGAUGCAUUGUCAGAUUGCCAGGCCGCAGGUUGCAGCAGCUAGUGGAGUCACAAGGACAGGUCUACACUGUGUUUUUUCUUUUUUUAUUGGGUUGUUUAUGACAUUAGAACAGGAUCAUUUCUUCCUUUUAACCAGGACUCCACAAUCUGAUGUAACUUGUGAAAUCGAACACAUCACCACCAGGACCAUUCCAAGGAAAUAUCAAAAUCAGAGUGUCAGGGCAGCUGAUUCACGCAUUACAGGGCGAAAGUACAUAAGGAAGCCCUGGUUUGUGAGGAGCAUAAAAGCAAUUAAUAUUAUUAGAUCAACCUGUGUUUUUUCUUCUAAUUGGGUAGGUCAGUUCUAUAAAGCUUUUGAGCCCAUUUCAGCUCAUUGUUUUGAUUUUAGAGCACUUUAAUACUACAGUUUUACACAGUUAUCCCUGAUAAACCUUCAGUAUGCUUCCUGUCCAGCACAAAAUGGUGGACAAUUUUUGCAACUAGCUAGCAGGUGAAAAAAAAUUUAACAGCCAGCAGCAAAUAACCCAAAUAUUUUUAUAAGGAAUUUGCCAAAGCAGAGCAAAAACGAGAGUGAAUAUUGUACUUACUUGCUCCAUGUCUGCUGUUUGUGUCAGUAGACAUUAGCCAUAAUGUUUUGAAGAAAUAAAAUGUGUCUCCUAGUAACCAAAAAAUAUCAAUCUAGCAUGAAGACAUUAAAGUCUAAUAGGUUUUGCAAUGUUCAAAAUGGUAAAAUGGCUCUCUCCAUCCUAAAAUCAAAGUAUGUAGUAGAUUUUAGCCCCUUUUAGCUCAUUGUUGAAAUCUCUUUAACUCUUACUAACUCCAUCUCCAGCUGCAACAGGCAGCUGUUUACACAAACAAACCUCUGAUAAACCCAGUGUGCUACCCGACCAGCAGCCAACAGAAGGCUGACAAAGUUGUUGGCAAGUUGGUGAAGAAAUACGAACAGCUAGCAGGCAAAGGACUCAGAUUUUGUCUUUGUUUGUUUUUUCAGGAGUUGGUGGAGACCAAACCGGUGUUAAAAGAAAGAAGUUCAAGUGUGUUUCGGGCAGUGUGUGUGUGUGUAUGGACACUGCAUAUAUAGCCCCUGUGGUGGGGUGGUUGCACAGUGCCACUUGGUUCACCUGCUCUCCUGCAGUAAGGGAGCAUCAGGCAGCAUGUCCUCGCAGAGAUGGAUGCUGGCUGUCUACUUCUCACUGGCCUCAGUUUUAGGGACAGUUGAAUCAGUCACAACAACAGAAACUCAGAAAUACACUUGCAGGACGUUUGGCAGCGGGGUUGUCCAGCCUUUCAACGGAUCAGGUUACUAUGUGAGAUCCAAUUGCCCGUUCACCCUCACCCGCUUCACCCACAACCGGGUUGAAUGUGACAUCACCACACGGCGAGGUGACAGCGGGCUGCUGGUCCAAGUCGAGAUCAUCAUCAACAAAGUCAGGACUGUUGUGCAGAAUGGAAGCAUCCAGGUGGAGAAGAAAAGUGUUUCCCUUCCAUAUGACCACACCUACCAGCACAUUUUUCAGUAUGGCAUCUACACUAAACUGAAGAGCUCGCUGCUUCCUCUGUCUGUCACCUGGCACAAUGUACCUGGAGGAAUAGACACACUGAGGGUGGAGCUGGAGCAGGAGCUGAGCACUGACAUGACCGGACUGUGUGGAAAACACAAUGUUCCAGGCAACAAGGAGCAGUUUAUUACAGAGAGCGUGCUUUCUGAGGACACAUGUCAAACCAGAGAUCCUGGCUCUGUCAUGAAUCCAAAAUGCGGACUGUUCUUUUCCUACGCCUUGGACUGUCUGCAAGCCAGGUUGCCUCAUUAUGUCCAACUCUGUGAAGAGAACAUCUACAGCUAUGAAAACAGCGAAUACAUCAGCUGUGCUUUCUUCAAAGAAGUUGUCCAGCAGUGUGGAAACAACAGCUACAUCUGGAACAUCUGGAGAUCUUCAACCGGAUGCACUCCACAUAGUUGUCCAGGAGACCUGCUUUAUGUAGAACAGGGUGACGCCUUUGUUCCCAGCUGCUCCAACCCAAACCCCAGAUUCUCCAACCAGGAACUCACGAGCUCCUGUGUCUGCCCGAAGGGUACGGUGCUUAAUGAUCACGCAGAUGGCUUCCACUGUGUGACUGUGUCCAGCUGCCCCUGUGUGUUUGCCGGCAGCAGCUACGUAACUGGAGACACACGUAACACCAAGUGUCAGUCGUGCGUGUGUGAGGGUGGGAAGUGGCGUUGCUCUGACAACUUCUGCCCAGCCAGAUGUCUCAUUGAAGGGCAUUUUGUGACGACAUUUGAUGGCAAACAAUAUGUCGUCCCUGGUAAAUGUACAUAUGUGGUGUCACAGGGUCUCAACUGGACAAUAACUAUUCAGUUUUCUGAGAAGGCGGUGUCUCUGAAAACAGUUGUCCUUCAGCUUUUUCAGGAUGUGUAUACAUUCUCAUACAACAGAGUUAAAGUGGGAGAGGAGGAGAUUACUGAACUUCAUCAGUCUGAUCAUGCCCUGGUUUUCUGGCAGUCCUCCAUGUACGUCCAAGUCCAGACAUCCUUUGGUAUGAAGAUCCAAGUCCAGAUGUCUCCUGAGAUUCAGCUCUACAUCACUCCACCAAGAAACCACACUGGCAUAAUCUCAGGUCUUUGUGGCAACAGCAACAAUGACACCACAGACGACUUCACCACCAGCAGCGGGAUCAUCGAGAACUCGCCACAGCAGUUCGCUCUGUCCUGGACCGUGGGCACAUGUGCAGUGAACAUACCCCCCACCUGCAGCAACACAGACAACGAAAUAUUUGCUGAUGAGAAGUGUUCUGUGUUGAACCACCCAACUGGGAUAUUUGCCAAAUGCCAUAGUCAUAUCCCAACAGAUCAGUUCCACACCGCUUGCAUCCAAAGAACUUGUAACUGUGGCAGCAAUCUGCAGCAGUGUUUGUGUGUUGCUCUGGGCAGCUACGCCAAAGCCUGCGCCGUCCUGGGUGUUGCAGUUGGUGACUGGAGGAAAACUACCAACUGCACUCUUAAAUGUCAGAAGAACCAAGAGUUCUCCUACGACAUGCUGGCCUGCAACCACACAUGUCGUUCCCUGUCUGGCCCUGACCCUCGCUGUUGGGUGGAUGAUGCUCCUGUGGAGGGCUGUGGUUGUCCGGAAGGAACACACCUGAACCAAGGAAACCUCUGUACCCCAAAAGGAGAGUGUUCAUGUCACCACUAUGGUGGGACAACGCCGCCGGGGCGCAUUGUUAUCGACGGACGACAGUGCCUCUGUGAGAAUGGAGAACUGCACUGUUCCAAGGAUUGUGGCUGCAGAAACGGGAAGGUUUGUGUUCACUGCUCCGAGUUCCCAGUUAACACGGCUCAGAAAACCUGUGACAGUCUCAGGAAACCACUGAGUGCCAGUAUGACCUGUGAGAGUGGCUGUUACUGCCCACAUGACCAGUAUCAGGAUCACCGUGGAAACUGCGUUUCUCUGGACAACUGCACCUGUGUGUACAGUGGCAAAGUGUUCAGCGCAGGACAGCAUGUGAAAACCAACUGUAAAACAUGUGUCUGUGGUCAGGGUCAGUGGCACUGCAGAGACGAGCCAUGCCCUGGGAAGUGUCAAGUGUAUGGAAAUGGACAUUAUCAGACCUUUGACUCUAAGUGGUUCCGCUUUGACGGACACUGCCAGUACACACUUGUAGAGGAUUACUGUGGAAAUAGAAACGGCACCUUUUCUGUCAGAGUGGAGAGCGUACCCUGCUGCGAUGAGGCAUUGACCUGCUCUCGCUCCAUCGUCCUGGACCUGCAGGGCUUAGUCACCCUGACCUUGAGUGAUAUGAGAGUGACGAGACGCCUCCAAAAAGGCUGGACUCUGCAAGAAGAUUCACUUUACACCACACACACAGUGGGACUCUACAUCAUAAUCUCAGUGCCAAGCAGAGGGAUAACUCUCAUCUGGGACAAACACACCAGGAUCACCAUGGAGCUGCAUCCAAACUGGAGGAACAAAGUGUGUGGCCUCUGUGGUAAUUUUGACUCCAAUGAGAUGAAUGACCUACAGAUAAGUGGCUCAGCUGUGGUUUCCAGUCCCAUGGCCUUUGGCAACAGCUGGAGGGCCGCCACACCUCCUUGUUCUGAUGUGACCACUGAGAUAUUUCCAUGUGAACGCAACUCCUACUGCUCAGCCUGGGCCCAGCGCCGCUGCCUGAUCAUUGCAGCAGACACCUUCAAAGACUGCCACUUAAAAGUGGACCCAGAACCGUACUACCAUGCCUGUGUGCAGGAGUCUUGCUCCUGUGAGUUUGAAGGCAAGUUCCUGGGCUUCUGCACAGCAGUGGCAGCCUACGCAGAGGCCUGCAGCGACCAGGAUGUGUGUGUCAAAUGGAGAACACCUGAUUUGUGUCCGGUCUAUUGUGACUACUACAACGAGCAGGGCCAGUGUAGCUGGCACUAUGAGCCCUGUGGUGAGAUGCUAACCUGUGGCAAAGGCAACUACUUCACUCACAAGCUGGAAGGUUGCUUCCCCAGAUGUCCAAAAGAUGCACCAUACUAUGAUGAAAACACUGGGGAAUGCACCAAAUUGAGGAACUGCUCCUGUUAUUUCAAUGACACAAUUAUUCAGCCUGGGGCAGUGGUGAUGAUACAGUCUAAUAAGUGCCCCUGUGAAAAUGGAACAAUUAAGUGUCCACCUCCACUUACAACUACAACUAUACCUGCCACCACCUCUACAUCAAGCACUAUCAUCCCAACUGCUUCAACUGUGCCCUCCACUACCCUAACAACUACAUCUGUUUCAACUACCUCUGAAACAUGGUCAACAACGCCUUCCACUACCACCACACCGUUGACGACCAUUACCAAUGUUUCAACUACAUCUGAAACAUGGUCAACAACGCCUUCCACUACCACCACACCGUUGAGGACCAUUACCAAUGUUUCAACUACAUCUGAAACAUGGUCAACAACGCCUUCCACUACCACCACACCACUGACGACCAUUACCAAUGUUUCAACUACAUCUGAAACAUGGUCAACAACGCCUUCCACUACCACCACACCACUGACGACCAUUAACAAUGUUUCAACUACAUCUGAAACAUGGUCAACAACGCCUUCCACUACCACCACACCACUGACGACCAUUACCAAUGUUUCAACUACAUCUGAAACAUGGUCAACAACGCCUUCCACUACCACCACACCACUGACGACCAUUACCAAUGUUUCAGCUACCUCUGAAACAUGGUCAACAACGCCUUCCACUACCACCACACCACUGACGACCAUUAACAAUGUUUCAACUACAUCUGAAACAUGGUCAACAACGCCUUCCACUACCACCACACCACUGACGACCAUUACCAAUGUUUCAACUACCUCUGAAACAUGGUCAACAACGCCUUCCACUACCACCACACCACUGACGACCAUUACCAAUGUCUCAGCUACCUCUGAAACAUGGUCAACAACUUCUUCCACUACCACCACACCACUGACGACCAUUACCAAUGUCUCAGCUACCUCUGAAACAUGGUCAACAACUUCUUCCACUACCACCACACCGUUGACGACCAUUACCAAUGUCUCAACUACCUCUGAAACAUGGUCAACAACUUCUUCCACUACCACCACACCGUUGACGACCAUUACCAAUGUUUCAGCUACCUCUGAAACAUGGUCAACAACGCCUUCCACUACCACCACACCGUUGACGACCAUUACCAAUGUUUCAGCUACCUCUGAAACAUGGUCAACAACGCCUUCCACUACCACCACACCGUUGACGACCAUUACCAAUGUUUCAGCUACCUCUGAAACAUGGUCAACAACGCCUUCCACUACCACCACACCGUUGACGACCAUUACCAAUGUUUCAGCUACAUCUGAAACAUGGUCAACAACGCCUUCCACUACCACCACACCGUUGACGACCAUUACCAAUGUUUCAACUACAUCUGAAACAUGGUCAACAACGCCUUCCACUACCACCACACCGUUGACGACCAUUACCAAUGUUUCAACUACAUCUGAAACAUGGUCAACAACGCCUUCCACUACCACCACACCGUUGACGACCAUUACCAAUGUUUCAACUACCUCUGAAACAUGGUCAAAAAUGCCUUCCACCACCUCUACACCAACGCCUACAACUACCUCAACUACCACUGUAACCUCAGUAAACCAUACAGAGCUGACUUACACAACAGGUGUUACCAGCUCACCCACCACAUCAUCAACAACUAGAAUGAAUACCACAUAUACAAUGACAGCUGCUACCUCAGCACAACCUACAACAAUAACAAAUACCACUGGAUACACCGUGGUUAUCGUAACAGGGCCAACGUCGACACAAAUAUCACAAUCCCAUGUAGUAGAUACAUCCACACUUACUUCCUCAACUCAGCCAACAACAAAACGUACAGAGCCAACAGUAACACUUCAAUCAGCAACCACCUUUGCGUCAAAUGCUACGCCUGCUGAAACCCCAGGUCCAACUAAAGUUCCUUCAGUCCCUACAGCCUCAUCACAGUCCACCAUCAUAACAGUCAGUACAGCAUUGACAACUCACACAACAGUGUGCAAUGAGUGUACAGACCUGAAGAGGAAAAAAACCUGGACUUGUGGUGAGAUGUGGACAGAGGACUGUUUCCAUAAGACCUGUACAAAUGGGAAGAUAGAGUUGACUCCAGUGGUUUGUCCAGAGCCUAAAGUUCCCAUCUGCCCAAGAAAUCAGGUCGCAAAAGUGUCGGAUGGAUGCUGUGAAACAUGGAAAUGUGACUGUCGCUGUGAGCUAUAUGGGGAUCCCCACUACAUCUCUUUCGAUGGUGUAAGCUUUGAUUUCCUGGACGAAUGCACCUCCAUCCUGGUGGAGGAGCGGUCACCACAACAUCAUCUUUCUAUUACUGUGGAUAACUUCUACUGUGUGCCGGGCCUCCACGGCUCCUGUGUUAAAGGCAUCAUCCUUAAUUAUCAAAACAACAUGGCUACACUCAAUAUCAUUCCAGAGUUGUUUGCAGUUCAGGCCACUCUGAACAAUGUGACCAUACUGCCGCCAUACGAGGAGCAUGGGUUGAGGUUUGAGACCACAGGGUACAUGGUGUCAAUCUAUCUCCCAGAGAUCCGCUCUUAUAUCUCCCUCAGUCCGUCUUAUACCCUGGUGGUCAAUCUGGCCAUGGAGCACUUCCACAACAACACCCAGGGACAAUGUGGUGUUUGUGGUGGCGGAUCAUGCAUCCGUAGAGGGGGGCAGAUCGAGGACAACAGCUGCUGUGAUAAGACAGCCUAUGACUGGGUGUACGCAGACCCUCUGAAGCCAGCCUGUGUUUCUGCACCAAAGGACAUACCCUGUCAUUCUGGUACAACUCCAGCACCCACCAGCUGCCCUGCAAGCCCACUGUGUGAGCUGCUAGAUCACCCAGCAUUUUUAAACUGCAGUGAUUAUGUCGAUCUGAAGCUUAAAAAGAAGAACUGUGAGUUUGAUUCAUGCUGGAACAAAAACAGCUCUUGCCCUUCUCUAGAACAAGCUGCUGAGGAAUGCAAGCAUGUUGGUAUCUGCAUUGAGUGGAGGAAACUGACUAAUGGAAGCUGUGAUGUGCCAUGUCCAAAAGAAUUGGUUCACAGAGAAUGUCAUCCUAAGAUGGAUGACUUCUGCUUUGGAGGAGUGCGCUAUCUAGGGGCCUCCCUCGAAAAAAACACUUCAGGUUGUUUCUGUCCCAACGGCCAGUUCAGGGCAGGAAAUCACUCGAACAGCUGCGUGUUUGACUGUCCCUACUGUAAAGGACCACUUGGAGAGCCCAAAAUGCCUGGUGAUGUGUGGGAGUCCAACUGUAACCUGUGUACGUGUAACAACCAGACUCAGACAGAGGAGUGUUUUCCAAACCCCCCUCAGUCAGCUCCUGUCUGUAGCCCCACUGGUGUUUUGGUAAACACCUCGUGCUGUGGUCAUCAGAUUUGUGUUGAGAAGAACUGCAGUUAUAAUGAAAAGACAUACAAGGUGGGAGACACAUGGAAAGAUGCCACCCAUCCCUGCAUGUCGUUCAGCUGCAGCAAAGAGGGCAUUCAGACUGAGACUAGAGUGUGUCCCAAGGAAAACUGUCCUGAGGAGGACAGGAUUUGGGAUAACCAGCACUGCUGCUUUACAUGUAAUCAGAGCUGUGCUCCCGAGGUGUCCAGCUUCAACAUCACCAUAGACAACUGUACCACCAUCAUAGAAAUGCCUGUGUGUCAGGGCCAGUGUGUGUCUCAGCCCAGCAUCAGAGUGGUGUUGCAUGGUGACCUACAGGUGGAGCAGAAGAGCAGAUCCUGUCAAGAGCGGCGCUCAGAGAGGAGAUCAGUGACCCUGCAGUGCUCCGACCACACUACCAGACACUACGCUUACAAGCAUAUCACCAGCUGUGAGUGCAGAAGCUGUGGUAUACUGCGCUGACAGCACAGACCAAAGACAAGAAUAUAUGAUUAUGUAACGUAUCCAUUACAUUUCUAAAUCAAAAACGAAUGUAUCUAAAUUUAGUAGAUUAUGAAUUGAUAUUUGAUGGUUUUUGUUCUCGAUUCAAAACUAAUAGUAUCAAAUAAAGUGAAUCAUUAGCUAAUCACCAAA